AUGAAUGCCACAAGGUCCGCGUCACUGCAAUUCGUAGCUGACCAUCCUGUCGUUACGUGCAUCGCGGUUUUGGCCGCAACAUAUUUUCUUCUCGCACGACGAAGUCGAGAUGAACCGCCCUCUCUUCCCGAGAUCUUGCCAUUCGUAGGCAAUACGUAUCAGUACAUGACAAACCUACCAGCUUUGAUGGAUCGCGCCAGCCAUGCCAUGAUCCAUAGCAACUUUGUCAAACUCUGGCUUGGGCCUAUGCGUCUGUACCUGAUAAAGGGAGAAGAGAAUGUGCAAGCCAUAUUCCGAUCCUCGUCAACCUUCACCUAUGAAAAGUUCAUCCUGCUAGUCAUCAAAAACCUGCAAGGUACGUCAAAGGAAGACGUCGAGAAGAUGUCCAAGGACAAAUCAGGCCGCAACAAGGCGCCGGCUCCGGGUUGUGAAAAUGUACCCCAGGACCAGAGGUACUGGUACCAGUUCCACCACCUUGUCACGGAAAACAUCUCCAGGACCGAGAUGACGAACCAUUUGGUCGUCAUGUACAUGAAAUUUUUUGGCCAGGCUACAGCGAAACAGCCGUCGGGAGAAUGGACAACUGUGCGGUUGUUCGACUUUCUGAGGAAGGACAUGGGAGAGAGUGCGCUCAAAUCCCUGUGCGGCACACGAAUCCUGGAGCUAGUGCCCGACUACAUUGAUCAAUUUUGGCUCUUCGACAGCAUCGGCGUUCAAGCGGUGUACGGCCUUCCGAAGUGGAUAAAUCCAAAGCCGACCGAAGAACGCGACAAGCUGAGCCGCAUGACACAGGAGUUUUUGAAGAAUGCUUUCUCCACGUUCGACUGGGAUGGACCCGAUGUUGACUCGAAAUGGGACCCGAUCUUUGGGUCCCGCUACAUACGCCUUCUUAUGAAGUGGCUGACCGACAGAGAUAUGUCUAUGAGGACUAGAGCAGGCUUUCACAUGAUUUCAUUCAGCAUCAACGCAAACACCAUACCGGUGACGACUUGGGCUCUUAUGGAAGCUUUACAAGAUCCUACUCUUCUGGAGGCGCUCCGCGAUGAGGCCCUUCAGACGAUCACAAAAGAUCCUGCCACUGGAGAACGUUCGUUCGACACGGCAAAGCUUGUCUCUAUGCCCCUCAUGCAGUCCGUAUAUGUCGAGUGUAUGCGUCUUCAUGUUUCGAUCGCCAUCACCAGAGAGGUCGCUAAAGCGACAAACCUCCAAGGCUAUCGCUUAGAAAAGGGGUCCAUCGUCCAAGCUCUAACGAACCUCAUGCAUCUAGAUGAGCAGACAUGGGGCCGAGAAGGCCAUCCUGCCUCGGAGUUCUGGGCAGAAAGACACAUCAAACAGGUUAGAAAGGUGGAUGAACGUACGGGCGCCGUGACAACGGAAAGGCAGUUCGUCAUGAGCGCUAAGCCCAGUGAAUUCUUCCCAUACGGUGGAGGUGUUUCCAUCUGCCCUGGGCGCUUCUUCGCAAAACAGGAGAUCAUACUAUCUAUUGCCAUGAUUCUCACGAGAUUCGAUGUUGAGUUUGUGGAGUGGACUUGUAAGGACGGAUCCAAGUCCGAACGGCCACCUACUGAUGACCCGCAUUAUUUUGGGUCAGCUGCUGUCCCGCCGGAUAGGGAUGCCAAAAUCCGCUGGAAGCGACUGUGGUAG